AUGGAAUCCAAAGACAACUACUACAAUCCCCUCGUUUUAUGGGUAUACGAUUUCUUUGUACAAGUUCUCACAAACACCUUUUGGUGGCGCUGCUCCACCAAAUCCGUACUUGUUCCCUUCUUCGUCGACAAUGCUAGUCCCAAUCAUAUGGAAGUGGGAGCUGGAACGGGCUACUACCUUCGUGCAAAGCUCGAUCAUGAAAAAAGGCAUAUAAAGCUCGGCGACAACACAACUACAUGGCCUCAGAAACUGACACUUGUCGAUUUCCAUACACAAUGUAUGGAAAAAGCUGUGAACCGCAUUGAGGCAGAUUGCCCCGUUAAGCCUGAGUGCGUGCUUGCCAAUAUUAUGGAACCUAUUCCUCUCAAGGCGCAGAAAUUCGACUCCAUCUCCCUCAUGUACGUCCUGCACUGCAUUCCCGUCUCUCCGGCGGCCAAAGGUCGGGUUUUUGCAAACUUGAAGCCGUUUCUCCAUGACGAUGGGACGCUCUUUGGUUGCACGGUUUUGGGUAAGGGAGUAAAGCACAACCUUAUUGGCAGCUUUUUGAUGUGGUUGUAUAACUACAUUGGCAUGUUCGGAAACUGGCAAGAUUCCAAGGAAGAUUUUUUGGCAUCGUUAAGAGAGAACUUCGAGAUUGUUGAGAGUGAAGUUGUUGGGGUUUCGCUGCUUUUUAAGGCGCAAAGGCCAAGACGCUAA